AUGGCGCCGCCAACUUUUGCUGGUAUGUCCGGGCGGAAACUGUCCUGGACUGUAUCAACCAUUGCGACUAUGGGGUUUUUGCUGUUUGGCUAUGAUCAGGGUGUGAUGUCUGGCAUCAUCUCCGACCCGGCAUUUAACAACAUCUUUACAGCAACCAAAGACGACAACACCAUGCAAGCGACUGUGACAGCUGUUUAUGAAGUCGGUUGUCUGUUCGGCGCUAUCUUCGCCUUGAUCUUCGGCGAGAUCCUCGGGCGCCGGAAAAUGGUCAUCUGCGGCGCAUCGGUGAUGAUCGUUGGAGUGAUUAUCCAAGUCACGUCAUUCCCGGACUCACUUCCUCUGCUCCAGUUCAUCUUCGGUCGUGUCAUCACAGGAAUUGGCAAUGGAAUGAAUACGUCAACCAUCCCGACGUAUCAAGCCGAAUGCUCCAAAACGAGCAAUCGAGGUCUGCUGAUCUGCAUCGAGGGAGGCAUUAUUGCUAUUGGGACCAUGAUCGCCUACUGGAUCGACUUUGGCGCACACUACGGGCCAUCAGACCUGGUCUGGCGGUUCCCGAUCGCCUUUCAGAUUGUUUUUGGCAUCGUGAUUAUCGUGGGCAUGCUGCAUCUCCCUGAGUCGCCACGGUACUUGAUUGCGCAGGAUCGUAUCGCGGACGGCGAGAAGGUCCUGGCCGCGCUAGCAGGUACGGGGAUCAAUGAUCAUCAUACGCAGCUGGAGAAGCAUUUGAUCAUUGACUCGGUCCGAGCUUCCGGUGCCGAAAAAGCCAGAUUCAGAGACCUCUUCACCGGAGGACCAUCGCAGCACUUCCGCCGGAUGAUUGUUGGCUCGUCCUCGCAGGUUUUCCAGCAGAUCUCCGGUUGUAAUGCAGUCAUCUACUACUUGCCGGUCCUCCUGGAAGACUCAAUCGGCCAAACGCACGACUUUGCUCUGCUCAUUGGCGGCGUCAACAUGAUCUGUUACGCGAUCUUCGCAACAUUCUCCUGGUUCUUCAUCGAAAAGAUCGGCCGGCGCAAGCUCUUCCUCGGAGGAAGUUUCGGCCAGUGCGCAGCGAUGAUUAUCGUCUUCGCGUGCCUGAUCCCUGGCGACGCGCAGACAGCCAAGGGCGCAGUCUUCGGUCUCUUCCUGUACAUGUGGUAUGUCACCAACCCCUGCUCCUUUCCUGACCCCAAAGUUCCCCAAUUUGUACUGAUGUCCAAAUCAAGUUUCUUCGGCGCGACCUGGCUCCCCCUUCCCUGGCUCUACCCCGCCGAACUCUCCCCCCUCAGGACCCGCGCAAAAGCAAACGCCAUCUCAACCUGCAACAACUGGCUCUUCAACUUCACCGUCGUCAUGAUCACCCCCGUGAUGAUCGAGCACAUCGGCUGGGGCACGUACCUCUUCUUCGCGGCCUGGAAUGCCUUCUUCAUCCCCGUCAUCUGGUUCUUCUACCCCGAAACCGCGGGCCGGAGUCUCGAAGAAAUCGAUCUGAUUUUCGCCAAGGGCUUCGUGGAGAAAAUGAACUACGUGCGUGCUGCGAGGGAGCUGCCGCGGCUUUCGGACGAGGAGAUCGAGGCCAAGGCCGCCGAGUACGGGAUUCUGGACAAUAAUGAGAAGACUGAGGAGAGAGUUAUGGAGAGGGAUCCGGCCGCGACGGCGGAGUUUUCGUCUUUCCAGCCUACUCAGCUAUAA